UCCCCCUAUGUUCCCCUUAUAAUUUACAGCACAACAAUAAUGCUUUUGUCCUCCUCCUUCUCCUCCUCAGUACCAUCAUCCCAAUCUCCUUUUGUUCCUUCUUGUUCACCAUUCAGGAUUCAGCAUGGAUUCAUCAGACUUCCCUAUCAGUAGAUCACCAAGAAAAGAAUUGCAAGGUCCUAGACCACCAGCUUUGAAAAUCCGCAAAGAUUCACACAAGAUCAGAAAACCACCAGUAGCACCGCAACCAUUCCAACAGCAACCACAGAAUCAACCACCAACACAGCAACGCCCUCCCGUGAUAAUCUAUACAGUGUCACCUAAGGUGAUUCAUACAAACCCUAAUGACUUCAUGACCCUAGUUCAACGUCUCACAGGCUCCUCAUCAACAUCAACCUCCUCCAAUCCCUUUAAUGAUGAUUGUGGUGCAAUAUCGCCUGCAGCAAGGUUUGCUACAAUUGAGAAGGCCAACUCACCCAAAGAUCAGCAAAAGCAGCAGCAGCUAGGCGGAGAUUUGGGUUAUGUUGAAGGGAUCAUGGAGAUUGAUCGAGUAAUGGAGAGACCAAGUUUGGGUCCUGGAAUUCUGUCUCCUGGGCCAGCUUCACUUCCUCCAAUACCACCAAACUUCUUCUCUCCUGAUCAAAACUCGGUUAGCUUCUUCCAUGAUUUGAGUCCUAUUCUUCAUGGUAACAGGAAUUUUAUUGAGGGUAGUUUCAUGCCUAGUCCUUCAACCUUUGUUUGGCCACGCAUAAAUUCUCCAAGCACUCCAUCUACAGACCUUUUCAAUAAUUUCAAUGCUUACAAUAAUUUAUUUGACUUUUGAUAGUUUCAAGGUAGGGAGAGAUACAAACAAAGGGAAAGGUUUUACUCUUUUUUUUUUUUCUUUUUCUAAAGCUUAUUUUGCUUUGAUGAUAGAAACAUGGGGCAGAAGUGGAAAUCUAAUCUUUCUUUUGGUGGGUUAGCAAGUUGGAGACUUCUUGAUGGCUUUAUCUAUUCACAUUUUUAAUCUAUUCAAUGCUGAGCUAGAUGAAUAUUUUUUU